CCUGGCUGGUACAUAUGUUAUUGUAGAUGAAGUUCACGAGCGUUCUUUGCUGGGUGACUUUUUGCUCAUUAUUCUGAAAAACAUCAUCAAGAGGCAAUCUAGUUGCAACAGUCGCAAGAGCAAGCUGAAAGUCAUCCUCAUUUGAUUCGAGUUUGUUUUCCAAGUACUUUGGUGACUGUCCAGUCAUUAGUGCUGAAGGGAGAACACAUCCUGUUUCAGUAUUUUACCUUGAAGACAUUUAUCAGAAGCUUGAGUAUCAUCCUCCUUCAGACUCUAUGGCAUCAGGGGUAUUUUUGACAUCCAACAGAGGAAAGAAGGUUUUACUUCCAACAUCUGGGGAAAAGUUUUAUGGAUAACCAUAGGGGAAAGAAGAAUCUUGUCAUGUCUUCUUGGGGCGAUGAAUCCUUGCUUUAUGAAGGCUACGUCAAUCCCUACUAUUUUCCCGAGCACUAUCAAUCAUACUGUGAGAGGACACAGCAGAGUCUCAAAAGCCUGAAUGAAGAUGUGAUCGAUUUUGAUCUUCUGGAAGAAUUAAUAUGCCAUAUUGAUGUAACAUGCCCACCAGGAGCCAUUCUUGUCUUUCUACCUGGAGUAGCAGAAAUUGAACUUCUUGUUGACAAAUUAGCUUCUAGUUUUCAAUUUCGUGGAGCAUCAUCUGAUUGGUUGCUUCCAUUGCAUUCAUCUUUAGCUUCAAUAGACCAACACAAAGUGUUUUCGCCCCCACCUGAAAAAAUACGCAAGGUGAUUGUCUCCACAGAUAUUGCAGAGACGAGCAUUACUAUUGAUGAUAUCAUAUAUGUUGUGGACACUGGAAAGCACAAAGAGAGCCGUUUUAAUCCUCAAAAGAAAAUGUCAAGCAUGGUUGAAGAUUGGAUAUCUCAGGCAAAUGCAAAACAACGACGAGGGAGAGCUGGUCGUGUAAGGCCUGGAAUUUGCUUUUGCUUAUAUACUCUCCAUAGGUUUGAGAAACUCAUGCGCCCCUUUCAGGUGCCGGAAAUGCUACGGAUGCAACUUUCUGAUUUGUGUCUACAGAUCAAAUCUCUUUCUCUAGGUGAUAUAAAAUCUUUUCUCUCUGAGGCAUUAGAACCACCCGGAGAAGAGGCUAUUUCCUCUGCAAUUGACUUGCUAUAUAAAGUUGGGGCCUUUGAAGGAUAUGAGGAAUUGUCACCGCUUGGUUAUCAUUUGGCGAAACUUCCUGUGGAUGUCCGUAUUGGAAAGAUGAUGUUGUAUGGUGCAAUUUUUGGUUGUUUAUCACCAAUCCUUUCAAUUGCAGCCUUUUUGAGCCAUAAAUCUCCAUUUCUGAAUCUCAAGGAUGAGAAGCACAAUAUCUUGAGAGCAAAGUCAACUUUGAUGACUUACGACCUUAAUGGUUGCACUACUGCUAAUGAAAGCAACAAGCCAUCAGAUCAUCUAUUAUUGGUUGUUGCCUACAACAGAUGGUCUAGGAUUCUACACGAGAAUGGGUCAACUGCUGCAUAUCGUUUUUGCAAUUCGUUCUUUUUGAACAGUUCUGUCAUGUACACCGUAAGAGACAUGCGCAUACAGUUUGGCAAUUUGUUAGCGGAUAUUGGACUUAUCACUCUCCCAAAAAAUUUUAAGCAGGGCGAUGGUAGAAGUAAAGACAAGCUAGAGAGUUGGUUUGCUGAUAUGAAACAGCCAUUCAACGUCCAUGCAAUGCAUUCUGCAGUUAUCAUGUCUAUUUUGUGUGCAGGUCUGUAUCCCAAUGUGGCUGCAACCGUAGAGGGCACUACUGGCGUACCUCUUGUUUACAAUAAAGCACCGUCGAACAACAUUUCUACAAAUGAUUGCUCUCUUUUGUUUGAUGGGAAAAGAGAAGUUCAUCUUCAUCCAUCCUCAGUGAACUAUAACAUAAAACGCUUUCAGUAUCCAUUCCUUGUUUUCCUUGAAAAGGUUGAAACUAGCAAGGUGUUUCUGCGAGACACUAGUAUUAUAUCUCCGUACUCUCUUCUUCUUUUUGGUGGAUCCAUUUCUGUUCAACAUCAGAUGGGUUUGGUCAUCAUAGACAACUGGUUGAAAUUAACAGCGCCUGCACAAACUGCUGUUCUAUUCAAACAACUCCGCUUAACACUUCAUGCUGUUCUAAAAGAUCUCAUUCGCAAGCCAGAGAUGCUGACUGUUUCCAAGAAUGAAGUGGUGAAGUCCAUAAUUCAUCUAUUACUUGAGGAGGGCGCUUCCCAGUUUUCUUGAAAUUCAGGCCUGAUGUCAACUCAUAUCCCUAAUGUUCUUAUAUGAGAUUACUGCAACAUUCUUUGCGGUUCCAGCUGUGCAUUGCUGUUAAUAAAUAGCUUCCUGGAGCAAAAAAAGAGGUGAGAUACCUAUAAUAAACUCAAUCUAAUACUUUCAAAUAUUAUUAGUCUGAAGAGAACCCUCCAAGCCAGAUUCGAUCAACCCUUGAUGGCCAUUUUGGCUGAUGUUUUUUAAGGAUAUGUAUACUAAGACUUCAUUUGGGACAGAUUUUUAGUACAAAAAUUUUUAUACUGAAAAGUUGUUUUAGAAAGCAGCAAAAAGCUUUCUCAAAUGAAGUCUAAAAUGCACAAACAAUACAAAGUGGUGAAGAUUGCCCUCUUGAGAAAAUCAACCUGUAGGCCCUUCUCAGUUAUCAUGUUGUGCAGUUACUUAUUCCAGUCAUUAAAUUAAUUUAGAUGGUUUGUUUUGAUGUUUGCAAAACCAUAGAGAUUUGAAACUGUAUUAAUCCCAGCCAUCCAAAUUAGAAUGGAUGGUUGGGAUGGACGAACGGACGAGAUGUUAUAAUAAAAAAUGGAGAGAGAAUUCAACCA